UAUUUUUUAAAAAUCCGAUAAUUUUCUCUCUCCCACGAGGCUCGAAACAGUACACAAGCAGAGUUCCUAAAAAUAAUUGGUUACUAUCAUCCGAAAUACAGAGAUUGAGUGUGCUCCAAUGGCGGCUGAAAACAAACCCAAGAGUGGAGGCAACAGCAAGAACUUCGGGGGCAAGAAGAGAAAGCAAUUCCUCCCUUACAACAAACCAGUCAAGAAGAAAGGAACCUACCCUUUGAGGCCCGGAGUUCAAGGCUUUUUCAUCACCUGCGAUGGUGGCCGGGAACGUCAAGCUGCUCACGAGGCCCUCUUCGUUAUUGAUUCUUUCUUUGAUGAGUUGAUCAAUAAAGAGGGUUCUGGUAAGAACCUUGCUGGGAAACCGAAUAAACCAUUAAAUAAAAAGAUUGUAUUUGCAUCUUCUAGUAGUGAAGAUGAUGACACUGAUGAUGAUGAGGAGGAGGAGGAGGAGGAAGAGGUUGUGGUGGCUGGAGAGGAUAAAGAGGGGGGUGAAGGGAAGAAGGGAGAAGGGAAGCAAUCAGACUCUUGUGAAGAUGGUAAUGCAAGUCAUGAAAAUUUAACAAAUGAGAAGUCAAAUCCUCAUGAUUUGAAUGAGGUGUGCAGUGGAAAUGAAAUUGAGGGGAUGAAUAGUGAAAAUAAAGAGUCUGGGGAGCCGCCAGCCAAGAAGCAGUGUUUAGAACCUGAAGCAUUAAAAUCUGUGCUGAACGAAAAAGUGGAGAAAUCCAUUGAUAAACUAAUUGAAGCUGAGCUCAAAGAACUUGGUGAUAAAAAUAAGAGGCGCUUUGUCAACCUUGAUUCAGGCUGUAAUGGUGUUGCCAUCGUUCAAAUGCGGAAGAGAGACGGAGACCCCAGCCCUAAAGACAUUGUACAACACAUGAUGACAUCUGCUAAGUUGACAAGGAAACCAGUGUCGAGGUUCAUCUUAAGAGUAUUACCAGUUGAAGUGUCAUGCUAUGCUUCAGAAGAGGAAAUUCAAAGAGCAAUAAAACCUCUUGUGGAAAAGUAUUUCCCUGUGGAAACUCAGGACCCUCAAAAGUUUGCUGUGUUGUAUGAGGCUCGUGCAAAUACCGGAAUUGACAGGAUGAAAAUAAUAAAUGCUGUGGCAAGAUCUGUUCCUGCACCCCAUAAGGUUGAUCUUAGCAAUCCUGACAAGACAAUCAUAGUUGAAAUUGUUAAGACUGUGUGCAUGAUCGGGGUGAUUGAGAAGUACAAGGAGUUACAGAAAUGCAAUCUGAGGCAGUUGACAUCAGUAAAGCAGUAAGAAUAUGUAAGAGUGAUAUUUGGUAUUGGCAGUAAGAAUGAAGUUGGUAGAGCAUCAUGAAAAUUUGGUUUGCAGGGAUGAUGUAUGACUUUACUUUUAUCAAUCUGAAGCUCUUUAAACAAGUAUUUGCAACACAUAUAUUUGUUUCAUACCUCACUUUGUUAUGAGAUGCCUACUGUCACUGAAUAAUAGUUGGUACAUGAAUAUAUUUAUUUCACUUAUAAGAAUA